CGGAAAUAAGCAAACUUUUGCUCCAGCGAGCACAGCUCCAUUGUAAUCCGUCUCGAGAUUGAGAUGUUCAAAAUGUUUCAAUGGUUGAGAGAAAACUUGGAAACUUCAAACCUCAAAGAAAUCUGGCAAGGGAGUGACCAAGCCAAGCUUAGCGCCAAUGUCAGGAACCGCCAUUUCGAGCAAGCGCUAAAGUUACCCCACCAUCAAAAACCUCACAACAAAGAAUCCACCGAGAACCUCCUCAAACCACCUCCACCUUGAUCUGAUCCAGCCGGAUCAAAAGGAAUAUGGCAGAUACGGAGGCAUCCACCCGCGCUGGACGUCCGAGCUUCGGUUCAAACAUGCGCAGCCGUUCUUAUCUGCAAGAGCAUCAACAGUAUCGACCACCGCAGCAAGAUGGGCACCAAGGCAUUGACAGCAUUGUCGAGGGCAUGCAGAGCACCAAGAUUGACCAGAGCAAGCCAAUCCACAAGUACAACGGUGUACCAUCGCCCAAGUCGCCUCCAAAAAUCAUCGACAGCGGUCUCAGCCACACUUUGUCGCAUACGAACUGCCAACCUGCACCGGGCACUUACUCAGAUCGUCUCAUCGCAACCAUUAUCUACAAGACUCAGUCUCCCCGAGCAAAAAUCACCGACAUACCUCUAGACCGUACUCCGUCUCCAACAGCUCCGACUACAUCCCGAACUCUACCUCCAAACCUCGCACCUGUCCGAACUCUCUCCAACUUUCCCCUCGAACCUCCUCCUCCAGACCCAGAACCUCUCGACCAUUUGUACGGAAGUUAUAUCUCGCCACUAUGCUUGACUUCCUUCCUUCACCUCAUUACUUCUCUUCCGACGAGACAAGGCUCGGAGACUCUCACGUCCUCCCAUCGCUGCCUCGACAACCCCGAGCAUCCAUGCAUCGUGGAGCUUACAUUUUCGCCAUCUCCCGAUCCCACCUAUGUCGACUUAGAUGACCUGCGAAAACAUGAACUUAUCUACCGAUUCGAGCGCGAAUGGAAUGUGGAUGUUAUCCUCCAACUCGACACCGUUCUCCGCCGCUAUCCGCGACUGGUAUGCUUCGAUAUGGAUUCUACACUCAUCGAGCAGGAAGUGAUUGAUCUCAUUGCUGCGUCCAUUGGCGUGGAAGCAGAGGUUUCAGCCAUCACUGCACGAGCCAUGAAUGGAGAGCUUGAUUUCUCCUCGUCAUUCAAGGAGCGAGUCAAACUUCUCAAGGGUUCUCAAGCGGAUAUCUUCACCAAGUUGCGAUCAGUCAUCAAGCCAACCAAAGGUGUUUUUGAGCUGAUCAAGGCACUGAAACGCAUGGGGGUCAAGACUGCUGUAUUCUCCGGCGGCUUCAUACCCCUCACUCAAUGGCUAGCUGAUGAGCUUGGCAUGGAUUACGCUUACGCCAAUACCAUCGAAGCCGAUCCUGCCACGAACCUUCUGACUGGAGAGGUCAUUGGUACCAUUGUGAAUGCUGAAAGAAAGCGAGACUUGAUGCUUGAAAUAGCCGAGAAGGAGAAGAUCCCUCUGGAACAAGUUGUCGCUGUUGGCGAUGGAGCAAAUGAUCUCCUAAUGAUGAAGGGUGCAGGACUGGGAGUUGCGUGGAAUGCCAAACCUUUGGUGCAGAUGGAAGCCAAGGCCAGACUGAAUGGCGACACUCUACUGGAAUUGCUUCACAUAUUUGGCCUUACGGCAGAGGAGGUUCAAACCCUGAUUCAGUAAAGAUGCAUAGACAAGUCGAGGAGUUUGGAGAGCUUGGGAUACUUCAAAAGAGCAGUCCCUUCGUUGUGUUGUUCUAUUUAUGUUAUGAUCAAUGAUUGCUUGGGCGGUGAGUUGGACAUGCUGGCGAGACGGAGCCUAUGGUAGGAUUGCGGAAUAGAAGUUUUUUUUUCACCGAAUCCCCUGUAGAUUUCUUUAGGGGUCGAAAAUGGAAUUGAGGU